CUAAACGUAUGAAGUGAGGACCAGAAUAUUAUCCACCAUUAAAAAAUUGCCAGGUGGGAAAGAAAAAACAAUUUCCCUCCCCGGAGAUCUCCAAGCGCGUCAACAUUGCUUCGCUUCGCAUCUUGACCAAUCACCAAACCCAAACCCUAAUCUCUCCGUCGACCAUAUUCUCUCUCUCUCGCCCCUACUCUCGUUUUGACUAGCUCUACUCCUCCUUCUAUGUAAAGGUAUGGCAAGUGGUUUUGGGGAUUCAGCGAGCAGGCCAUCCCAAUCACAAGGGCCUUCUUUCUCCAGCAGUAACGCUAAUAACGGGGAUGCUGGUAAUUUCGAAUGCAAUAUCUGCUUUGACUUAGCCCAAGACCCAAUUGUUACCCUAUGCGGCCAUCUUUUCUGCUGGCCGUGCCUUUACAAAUGGCUCCACAUUCACUCCCAUUCUCAGGAAUGCCCUGUUUGCAAAGCCGUCGUGAAGGAGGAGAGUUUGGUCCCCUUGUAUGGUAGGGGAAAGACAUCUACUGACCCAAGAUCAAGGUCAAUUCCUGGAGUUAAUAUUCCAAAUCGUCCAGCGGGGCAAAGGCCUGAAACAGCUCCUCCACCAGAACAAAACCAUUUCGCCCAACGUGGGUUUGGAUUCAUGGGAGGUUUGGGAGGGUUUGCUCCACCAAUUGCAACCACAACAAGAUACUCUGCUGCAUUUAUUUCUCUGUCUCACACACACGCACACAGAGCCUGCUCUUUUCUGCAACAUCGCUCAUGGCAUCAGCUCUCUCCACACAAUGCAGUAGUGCGGAGGCAUGGAAUAUGUUGCAGCAGUAUUUGCCUAGCAUCCAUAAACCAGAUGCAUUAGGAGGACUGCUGAAGUAGUUGAGGUGAGUUCCUGUUUUCAAACAGUAAGUGGUUUAUUUUGUUUUCAAGUAUGGCUUUGAGGGAGCAUUAGAUUGGAUUGUCAUGGAAUGUCUACCCUGACGUAUGAUACUUGUACCAAAGUUGUCCUAAGAUGCAUCGUUUAUUUGCUAGUAAAGUUUUGAAAUUGUUUUCAAUCGAGCUUUAGUUAAUCUUCCGAGUGAUGUGAUCAAUUCAGUCCAAAGAAAAAGAGUGAUGUGAUCAUUGAUCAAUGCUUUUUAAAAGGUGUUGCUUGUGGCCCCUUGAUUGGUUGAAGUGUUGAACUAAUUAUAGGCUGGCGACAUUAACCUUUAUGUGAGCAUGUGGAUUGAUCAGCUGUUGGGCAUCUACUCUUUUUCCAUGUGCAACUCUUGCAUGUUAGCUUAGGCCACCUCCACACCCCAUUAAGGUGGCAUCAAAC